CCCACCUACCUCGAGGGCGCCGCCGCCAUCCGCGCCUCGCGCCGGCUGCCGCAACCCGCGCAGCCCCGCCUCCCGCCGCCGGCCGCCACCCGCGUGGCCCCGCCUCCCGCCGUCGCUGCCUGCUUCUGGGCGCCUGGGGCCCUGGGUGAGCACGUGCCUCCCGUGUCCCGCCGGCGCUGUGCGCGGGCACGCGGCCGCGGCAAGCCGGCAAACCCGGUGCGCCGGCACCUCCCGCCGUCCCGCGCACCUGCACGGGCGCACGGCCGUCACCUGCAGCCCCAACCAUCACUGGCAGUACUACUCACUGGUGUCGGAAACAUGAAUGAAUGGUAGGGUGUUCUUGAGCCUUAAAUUGGCAUUGACUCUACCAGUGUCAACUGCAACUGUGGAAAGAGUAUUUUCUGGGUUGAAUCUAGUGAGGAAUCAAACAAGAAAUCACAUAUGUGAUGAGUUAUUGAAUGAUUGUUUGGUCACUUUUCUUGAGCGUGAAAUUUUCUCUAAUAUAAGUGAGGAUGACAUAAUUCACACUAUCAUGGCCAUGAAGAAGCGUAAGUAAAGCCACAGCAUUAGACUACAUUAGUAUUGUAAUCUUCUAUUUAUGUAAUUUCUUAUUGAUGUUGCAACUAUUUAUAUUGUAAAUUAUUGGAGUUAUGAACCAAUUUGUUGAAUUGAAUGUAUUAUGCGACCUUUUUACUUAUGUUAUUGUAAAUUUGAUCAUUAUAUACCGUAUGGUUGCCGAAGUGAUAUUAGAGUAUACCGGUUUGCGUUUUGAAUUUUUUUUGCCAGGACUACCCUAGUUUCAUUCCUGGGUCCGCCACUGACUGAACCGGCGGCAGUAUGGGCAAGAAGAAUAGCGGCGCCUCGACGCCGGCCAAGGCCGGCGGCCUGUCCGUGUCGCUCCGCGAGGAGACCUCCGGGAGGACGCGCGUCGACGAGGCCUCCCUGCUGAGGGUCAAGCACCUUCAGCGGCUUGCGGCCUGGGCAGGCGCGGAGGCAGGGGUGGGCCCGGUCGGCGCGCUGCUGGGCUGCCGCCUCGCCGCAAGCGCCGAGGCCGCCCGAGUUUCCCUCGGCGCCGUCACUUUCCUUUGCCAGAGGUGUGAGACAGUCUUAAAGCCAGGCUUCAACUGCACUGUCUGCAUAAGGAACAAGAGAAAUAAAGGUCGGCGACGGAAGAAAUCAAACUGCUGUCAGAACAGCGUUUCCUAUGCAUGCCAUUUCUGUGGAGAUCAGAAUCUAAUAUUGGGUAGUGGGAAGGGUGUAGUUAAGAGCUUGUUACCAUCAAGAGAGCAUGCAACCAUGGACUCAUCCCGUAGAAUUUUGAAAGGAAACAGUAGCAACACAAGAGCACAAGAUAUGAAAAAAGUGUUUGAGCAUUCUCAAGCAGCAAGUUUGCAUGUGGAUUCACCAUCCGAGUUGAGACAGUCAACUUCUGAAAGGGGUGGACAUAGGGAAAGGUUAAAAUGUAAUCUUCCUCUUAUAGAUUCCAAAAUGGAGGGAAUGGUCUUGUCAACGGCAAAGUCUGGUCAUUUAGCAGCCUCUACUUCUGAAGAUAGCAUACAAGUAAUAGAAAAUACAAAUGAUGAACAGAUGCAUGAAACUAAGCCUAUUUCUUGCGAGGAUGUUAAAAUAUGUGAAGCCAAUGCUACUUCCCAAGCAGAGCUUCCAGUUGCAUCGACAUUUGUGACGCCUCAGAAGAAGAAACUUGCGGAGGUGACUAAUACUAAACAUUCGGUAGAACCAUUCAAAACAGGAAGUAAGACAGGCAAGAAAGGAGAGAACCCUGGCUCAGUUACUAGCAACACCCUUUCAAGCUCAAGCAAGUCUGUCCCAAAUGACUCACGGAAGAAUUCAAAAUGUGCGUCAAGUGAUUCUGCACCGGUCUCUGGUAGUUCAAGGAAGCGGGCAAGGAAAGGGUGGACGACGCUGAAACAGAUAGCUGAGAAGGAUGAGCUCGAGAGGAAGGAGAAGAUGGAUAACUUUUUGGAUGAUGUCGAUGUCAACGUUGACAAGAGUAGGACUAUUGGAGGCAUGGUGAGGAGAAUGGACAGAAACAAGUGGAUCAUCGGUCUCGUCAUAGCCGUCCUUGUCUUGGCCAUCCUAGUGAUCCUGUAUUUCAAGUUCGUGCACUAGGUGCAAUGGGGCAGUAGUUUUAUACUGUAACCAGGAUGAAGGAAGGCAGCUGUGAAUUUUUUGUUCUAUAUUCACUUGGUAACAUGUGUGUUUUUCUUUUCUAUUUUCCUUUUAUUUUGUUCAGAUCAUAUUUCUGUGGGGGCGUGCUUGUAUGCUAUCAAAUGUGUUUCGAGCAAAA